UCUGUCAGCUGUGGGCCCAGAGGGUGGCUGGCCCUUUCCAAUCAGUCCCAGUCAGGCUCCUAGAGAGAUUGGAAGAGCUUAGCUUCUGUAUCUACCGGUAUUCCAAUCAACAACGGCCACGGGAGGAAAUUUCCAUAACACAAAUGGGAUACAGAGGAUCUAUGCAUAAUUCUUCAGAUACUUCCUUUUAGCCACAAAUGUAAGGAGUACCAAACCCGAGUGGAACUAUGUUAUGCCCACUAGCAAAAGCAUGCGGCUUACUCAGUUUUGGUCAAAUGGCAAAGACUCUGGAAAUCAGACACUUGAUUCUCAUAGUCAGGUGGAGUCCAACCGAUCCAGUUCCCUACAUAUAAAAUGAUUACAUAAACAGUUCUUCAAUUCAACAUUUUAUGAAGACAGCAAAAAGAUUUGAAAUGGCACAACUCACAUUCUAAGCGUUAAAUUUUAACCAGAAGAUUGGGAUAAAAGGCAACAUAGUACCAUGCAAGAAUAGCCACUUUGACAACGUUUCUAACUGAGCCAGGGGUGACCAUGACCUGCUGCGAAGGAUGGACAUCCUGCAAUGGAUUCAGCCUGCUGGUUCUACUGCUGUUAGGAGUGGUUCUCAAUGCGAUACCUCUAAUUGUCAGCUUAGUUGAGGAAGACCAAUUUUCUCAAAACCCCAUCUCUUGCUUUGAGUGGUGGUUCCCAGGAAUUAUAGGAGCAGGUCUGAUGGCCAUUCCAGCAACAACAAUGUCCUUGACGGCAAGAAAAAGAGCAUGCUGCAACAACAGAACCGGAAUGGUUCUUUCAUCACUUUUCAGUGUAAUCACAGUCAUUGGUGCUCUGUAUUGCAUGCUGAUAUCCAUCCAGGCUCUCUUAAAAGGUCCUCUCAUGUGUAAUUCUCCAGGCAACAGUAAUGCCAAUUGUGAAUUUUCAUUGAAAAACAUCAGCGACAUUCAUCCAGAAUCCUUCAACUUCCAGUGGUUUUUCAAUGACUCUUGUGCACCUCCUACUGGUUUCAAUAAACCCACCAGUAACGACACCAUGGCGAGUGGCUGGAGAGCAUCUAGUUUCCACUUCGAUUCUGAAGAAAACAAACAUAGGCUUAUCCACUUCUCAGUAUUUUUAGGUCUGUUGCUUGUUGGAAUUCUGGAGGUCCUGUUUGGGCUCAGUCAGAUAGUCAUUGGUUUCCUUGGCUGUCUGUGUGGAGUCUCUAAGCGAAGAAGUCAAAUUGUGUAGUUUAAUGGGAAUAAAAUGUAACUAUCAGUAGUCUGAAUAAUUUAAGAAG